GAAUGACCCCGGAAGCGGAUGUGCGCAGCGGAAGUGGCUGGGCGGAAGUGGCGGCUUGUUGCUGUGCGCCUGGGUUUGGAGUUCUCCGGGUGGCGACGGGCCGUUAGUUCAUCAUGUCGAUCGAAAUCGAGUCGUCGGAGUGAGUUCCCUGACUGGGCUCGGGGAGCGGGCGGCGUUGCUUUCGUGCCUCGGCGCCAGGCCCCUUCCAUGCCCCGCUCCCGCGCCUUUGCCCUCUUCCGGCAGACCCAUUUCUUGCUCGUGCCCGUCGGGGCCAGCUUCAAACACCCCCCGCUCCCGGGUUGCCGAGGGACCUUUGUCAUAGCUUGGUUGCAGUUGCUGGUACUCGGUGCGGGUGCAUUUGCUCUGAGGCCACACGCGCAGUCCUGCAGGGGGUUGGACUAGAUGACCCUCGUGGUCUCUUAGGGCCGCGGGUGCCGCUGUGGUCAAAACCCAGUGCCGCAUAUACGUAUAAGCUAAAUAAUAAAAUACAGUGGUACCUCGGGUUAAGUACUUAAUUCGUUCCGGAUGUCUGUUCUUAACCUGAAACUGUUCUGAACCUGAAGCACCACUUUAGCUAAUGGGGCCUCCUGCUGCUGCUGUGCCGCCGCCGUGCAAUUUCUGUUCUUAUCCUGAGGUAAAGUUCUUAACCUGAAGCACUAUUUCUGGGUUAGCGGAGUCUGUAACCUGAAGUGAAUGUAACCUGAAGUGUAUGUAACCCGAGGUACCACUGUAAUAAUAAUAGUAAUAACAAUAAUAAUAAAUUUUAUUUAUAUCCCGGCCAGCGGCGAGCUCAGGGCGGCUAACACCAAACAUACAGUGGUACCUCAGAUUACAGACGCUUCAGGUUACAGACUCCGCUAAUCCAGAAAUAGUACCUCAGGUUAAGAACUUUGCUUCAGGAUGAGAACAGAAAUCGUGCUCCGGCGGCACGGCAGCAGCGGGAGGCCCCAUUAGCUAAAGUGGUGCUUCAGGUUCAGAACAGUUUCAGGUUAAGAAUGGACCUCCAGAACGAAUUAAGUACUUAACCCAAGGUACCACUGUAUUUUGCUAGGUGUUAUGCACCAUCUAUAAAACAUCUUUAGAAUUUUUUCCUUUAUGGCAUCGCAAGCCGUAAAUCACCAAUUCUCAUUCCAUGAUUUCCCCCAUGAUGAUAAUUGUGGGGUCUUCUAAGUCCUGAGUGCACCUCUUAGCUUUGAACCAGGAUCUGAUAAGUUUGAGGAAAUGGACUGCUUAUUCAUUGGCUGCUGUAUUUCCCCCCUUAUUGCUCUGUAUAUGUCCUAGGACUGCACACACAUACAAAAUUUAUUGCUGCUCCUGUUUAUUUCGCUCAGUGUUAUCCGACUGAUUAUGCAGUACCUGAAGGAGAACAGUCUGCAUCGUGCCUUGGCCACUCUACAGGAAGAGACCACAGUGUCACUGAACACAGUGGACAGCAUUGAGAGUUUUGUUGCAGAUAUUAACAGUGGCCAUUGGGACACAGUACUACAGGCAAUACAGUCAUUAAAACUACCAGACAAAACACUUAUUGAUCUGUAUGAGCAGGUAAGCACCCUUUCUACAGUAAUAUUAGUUCAUAUCUGAUAGCACCUUUAUCAUUCACCAGAAAAUAAAUGGAUUGUCUCUUUCUCUGUAGCUUUGCAUUUAUAGCUUUAUCUCUGUGAAGAUGUACCGUGUUUUUCGCACCAUAGGACGCACCGGACAAUAGGACGCACUUUGUUUUAGAGGGGGGAGAACAAGAAAAAAAAAAUCUCCCCCUCUCUGCCCAGCGCCCCUUCAGCGAAGUGGCAGGAGGCACUGUGCAGAGAGGGGGAGAACUUUCCCCCUCUUGUUUUCCCGCUCUAAAACAAGGUGCCGUUUAUGGUGCGUUCAGGCGGCUACCUUGGAAGCCUGGAGAGCGUGUGGGGUCGGUGUGCACUGACCCCUCUCGCUCUCCAGGCUUCAGGUUCCUUUCGACCUGCUCUCCAGCUGGGAGAGGGUCGCGGGGCUAUGGCGUCUUCGCUCCAUAGGACGCACACACAUUUUCCCUUCAUUUUUGAAGGGAAAAAAGUGCGUCCUAUGGAGCGAAAAAUACGGUAAUGGGUUCCAACUAAGACUAAAAUAUUAGGUUUGAGAACAGUUGAACCAACUUUUUUCUGAUGUUUGCUGUUUUAAUUUUUUUACACUAAUAUAUUUUGCAAGGAAAUACAUUGCAAGUUCAUUAAAAAGUUAAGCUUUUAAAAUACAUGUAUUGAAAAAUAACAGUGGCAUUAAAAUGCUGUUACAUUCUCAGUUUUUAACAGGCUGUCAGAAUAAAUAAUUAUUCACCUGUCUUCUAGACGUAUGGUGGCUCAUAAGGAUACUAUUUCUUAGCCUGCUCCUACUAAAUACCAACCAAACCGUAGAUGGAGAUUAUAUCUAUAAUUGUUUCCCAUCAUCAUGUGCUGACGAGAAUAUUAUAGCCUCAAAUUCUGUUGUUUCCACAUCAGUGUCGUUGGCUGUUUGUGGUGAAGGGAAGGCAUCUGUUUGUACUCGUAUCUGUAAUUCAAAAAACUAGCCUCAUAUCAUAAAUGGAGUCUCAUAAAGUGAGACUGGGUAGAUGCUGGAAGCAUAUUAAUCUGGUCUUGAUGCAUUCAGGUGGGGUUCAGGAGUGACUCUCCUAGUAUCAGUUGACUAAUCCUUGUCAUAAUAAAGGCCAACUGAGCAAGAUACGGAUUUUGGUUAUCUGAACCACAUCUCCAUUUCUGAAACCCGCAUACUUAAGCUGCCUGAAACUUUGAUCUUCUGUUUGUGCAGCUUGCUCUUCUACUGAAUAUGCAUACCACAUUAAACAUUAAUGCUGCUUACUAAUGCUGUUUUUCUUCUGAUAUUUCAGGUAGUUUUGGAAUUGAUAGAGCUUCGUGAAUUGGGUGCUGCCAGAUCUCUCCUGAGACAAACUGACCCAAUGAUCAUGCUAAAGCAAACUCAGCCAGAGCGUUACAUCCACCUUGAAAACCUUUUGGCCAGGUCCUAUUUUGAUCCUCGUGAGGUAUGCCUAUACUAAUCAAAAAUCUAUUUUUAUAUACAGUGGUACCGUGGUUCUCAAACUUAAUCCGUUCCCGAAGUCCGUUCCAAAACCAAGGUGCGCUUUCCCAUAGAAAGUAAUUCAAAAUGGAUUAAUCUGUUCCAGACUUUUAAAAACAGCAGUUUAACAUGAAUUUUACUAUCUAACGAGACCAUUGAUCCAUAAAAUGAAAGCAAUAAACAAUGUACUGCCAGUCACAAAAUCAAUCAAUCAAUCAGUCAGUCAAUCAAUCAGUAGCUGAACUGGAUUCCACACAGUCACAAAAAAGAGCCGUAAAAAUGCAAAAUAGCAAAAACAGACCUCAGCGUAACACUCAAAUUGGAAGUGUGGCACUCAAAACGGAGCACGUUCGGCUUCCAAAAAAAGUUCGUGAACUGGAACACUUACUUCCGGGUUUGCAGUGUUUGGGUUCCAAGUUGUUUGAGUACCAAGGCGUUUGAGAACCAAGGUGCCACUGUAUGUGUUACCUAGCGUUUCAAUUGAUAAUGAAAGUUACCUUGAUGGAUAAUGGGCUCUCCCGGCUCUCCCUCACUGAAAGUCUUUGGACUGGACUGGACAGCCAUCUGCUGCGAAGGCUGUAGCUCUUGGUUGCCUACAGUGAGUAGGGCAUUAGACUAGUUCGCCUCCAAGGUCCCCUUCAAUUUUAUGAUCCUCAUACGGAUUAGGAAUUCCAUCAGAAAUGAUGCCUAAUGUUUUCAGCAAUUUGCUUUUUUGAGUAAGUGGCAUGAGAGUGUAGGGUUGGUGUAGUGGUUCUAGGGGUUGCUCGUGCGUAAGCCGGUGCAAACGCCUGGCUAGGUUGCCUGAGUGAACCUUUUCCGUCCGGACAGCCACUCACCCGUGGCUGUCUCAGUCGCUGGUAGAAUCCGUCAGUGGCCGUUUCUUAAACUUCUUCCAGCAAAGAAGCUCUUUGACGCCUAGUCUCCUCCUACUCUCUCUGCGCGGAAGCCUUCUGCGCAAGGAGGGCGUGGGCAGCGGAGGACCUCUACUCUCCCCGCUGGUCCCCGGCAAGGAGUCAUGGGACCGCCUCGCCGCUUCCCCCAUCUGCCCCCUUUCUCCACUGGUGCUACGCUGAUUCUCUUCCCCAGAAGAUGGGCUGCCUCUCCCAAUCGCGGGACGCUCUCCGGAAUCCCUCUGGAUUUUGCUCUCUCCCUCUGGCACUGAUGGCAGUUCCCUGACAGUUGGUACCAUCAGGCCUCAUUUGGGGGGUUCUCUACCUCUGUUUUCAAUGGGAACCAGUGAAGGCGGUGAGCGUCCUGUGUGAGUGUCUGGAGGUGGUUGGAGGAUGGAUGGCGGCUAACAGACUGAGGUUGAAUCCUGACAAGACAGAAGUACUGUUUCUGGGGGACGGGGCAGGCGGUUGUGGGGUACUCCCUAGUCCUGAAUGGGAUAACUGUGCCCUUGAAGGACCAGGUGCGCAGCCUGGGAGUCAUUUUGGACUCACAGCUGUCCAUGGAGGCACAGGUCAAUUCUGUGUCCAGGGCAGCUGUCUACCAGCUCCACCUGGUACGCAGGCUGAGACCCUACCUGCCCACAGACUGUCUUGCCAGAGUGGUGCAUGCUCUGGUUAUCUCCGGCUUGGACUAUUGAAAUACGUGGGACUGCCUUUGAAGGUGACCCGGAAACUGCAACUAAUCCAGAAUGCGGCAGCUAGACUGGUGACUGGGAGUGGCCCCCGAGACCACAUAACACCGGUCUUGAAAGACCUACAUUGGCUCCCAGUACGUUUCCAAGCACAAUUCAAAGUGUUGGUGUUGACCUUUAAAGCCCUAAACGGCCUUGGUCCAGUAUACCUCAAGGAGCGUCUCCACCCCCAUUGUUCUGCCCGGACACUGAGGUCCAGCACCGAGGGCCUUCCUGCAAUUCCCUCACUGCAAGAAGCAAAGUUACAGGGAACCAGGCAGAGGGCCGUCUCAGUAGUGGCGCCCGCCCUGUGGAACGCCCUCCCAACAGAUGUCAAAGAAAUAAACAACUAUCGGACUUUUAGAAGGCAGCCCUGUUUAGGGAAGCUUUUAAUACUGGAUGAAUCAUUGUAUUUUAAUAUUCUGCUGGAAGCCACCCAGGGUGGCUAGGGAAACCCAGCCAGAUGGGUGGGGUAUAAAUAAUAAAUUAUUAUUAUUAUUAUUAUUAUUAUUAUUAUUAUUAUUAUUGUGUUGUGGACUUGUGGAGACCUUCUUCCCUUGUGUUUGCUGUGCUCCAAAUGAUGCCUUCCACUCUUUGCUUUUCUGGUUUAAGUUUAUGGGAGAUGGAAACAGUACAAAUCUCUGCUUUGCCUUAAUGAGCAAAACAGAUUGAUAGCUACUGGAUAAGUAGUUUUACUUCAUUCAAACUGGGAAGGGUCUUACCUUUUUUUAGAACAGUUGCUCCUGCCAAGUUCCUUCAGGCCCUGAAAACUAAACUGAGGCAUUCCGUUGUUCUGUGUUAGGCAUACCCAGAUGGGAGCAGCAAAGAGAAGCGGAGAGCUGCGAUUGCCCAAGCCUUGGCUGGUGAAGUCAGUGUUGUGCCUCCAUCUCGUCUUAUGGCAUUGCUGGGACAGGUAUUCUUCCCCCCCCCCCCCCGAGACUUACAUUGUAUGAAACUGAAAAUAGAGAUCCUUAUUCAUGAACUUCUGAAAGGUCCAAUAUACCUGAAGGAGCAUCUCCACUCCCAUUGUUCUGCCCAGACACUGAGAGGGCCUUCUGGCGGUUCCCUCGCUGCGAGAAGUCAAGUUACAGGGAACCAGGCAGAGGGCCUUCUCAGUAGUGGCACCCGCCCUGUGGAACACCCUUCCUUCAGAUGUCAAGGAAAGAAACAACUAUCUGACUUUUAGAAGACAUCUGAAGGCAGCCCUGUUUAGGGAAGCUUUUAUUGUUUAAUAGGUUAUUCUAUUUUAAUAUUCUGUUGGAAGCCACCCAGAGUGGCUGGGGAAACCCAGCCAGAUGGGCAGGAUAGAAAUAAAUUAUUAUUAUUAUUAUUAUUAUUAUUAUUAUUAUUAUUAUACAGUUAAAUACAAUUUGUUUUAGUAAAACCACAGUCUUCCAGUUCACAUUUCAAAAGAUUCUUUUCCUGGGAUGGAUUUAAUUAAUUAGUCUCAAGAACAAAUCUAUGUUCACAGACCCUUCUGCAGUGUAGGUGGAUGAUCAUAUUCAAGUUUUUACCACUAAAGAAAGGUCACAGCUGAUGUUUGAGAUGUAACUUCCCAAUGUAAGGAAUAUCAAUGUAAGGAAUAUUUAAAAAGUUACCAAGAUCUGUGCUUUAAUCCUCUGAUUUCUCAGGCACUGAAAUGGCAACAGCACCAGGGACUCCUUCCUCCUGGUAUGACAAUUGAUUUGUUCCGAGGCAAAGCAGCUGUCAAAGAUGUUGAAGAGGAAAAGUUCCCCACGCAACUGAGUCGGCAUAUUAAAGUGAGUCCCUAAUUACCACUUGCGAGGAAUGGGCCAGAUUCUUCUUGAAUUGUUGGCGUCCAUCUGUCUCGAGAGACAAUGGAGUACGUCUCCGAGGGUGAAGUCAAACCGCUGCCUUAGCAGCACCGAAGUGACUUCCCCUGGGCACAUACCUGGAGUUUAUUUAAGUAACAUAUCAAGGAUACAGUACAGUCGUACCUUGGUUUUCGAACAGCUUAGUUCUCGAACGUUUUGGUUCCGAAAUGCUGCAAACCUGGAAGUGGCUGUUCUGGUUUGCAAACUAGUUUUGGAAGCCGAACAUCCGACGGGGCUUCCGUGGCUUCCGAUUGGCUGCAGGAGAUUCCUGUAGUUACAUUCAAGAUUGCUGACGGCUCUUGACUUUCAAUCCCCUACAUUUUAGUGAUUAGUAAUAAUACCAGUUUUGAAAUCCUCCUUGCAUGCCCGUAAGCUCUGAAAAGCACACUUUCUCUCACUGAUGCCAGUUUAUAUAUAUCUUGUAGAUUCUGUUGCAUGAAAUGCAAAAUAGACGUAUCUUUUCAUCUGGCUUUUGAGUCAUAUGGAACUUGGGCUGGAUCUAGACACAUAAAAAAAAAGUUUCAGGAAAACACGUUGUAAACCUCAUAAUGGGAACUCGUGUUGCCAAAGACAGAUUUCUACAUUGCCAUCUGCUGACAUAGUGUUAUAAUGCAUUUUAAAUGCUUUUAAAAAAACCUAAUGUAGCCGAGUCCUUGGUCUGAAUACCUGCUAUAUUUAAACACACAAGCAAGUUGAUGAACACAUUUGUAGCCUUUCUCAUUUUUAUAUUUGUAGCUGAUAUUGGACUAGAAAUCAACUGAGAUCACUGGAUGAAAUAAUUAUUUUAACUGAAACUGUUUUUAGAAAAAAAUAAAUAAAGAGUUGUCCAGUAGCACCUUAGAGACCAAUUAAGUUUGUUCUUGGUAUAAUCUUUUGUGUGCAUGCACACUUCUUCAGAUACAUGCACAUGAAAGCUUAUACCAAGAACAAACUUAGUUGGGCUCUAAGGUGCUACUGGACAAUUAAUUUUUUUAUAUAUUUUGACUGCGUCAGACCAACAUGGCUACCUACCUGUUUUUAGAAUGUUUUAACUGUUUCAGAAUGCUUUUUUUUUUUAAGUGACUGUGUUUGCCUCCCUGGGCUACUUUGAGAGCAAAGACAGGAUAUAAAUCAGAUUAUUAAACUAAAAUGAUUAGAUUAAGUUAAAUUAAAGAUGCAUUUUUUGACUCACUUGCAUACCAGACAUGUACCCAAGAAUGCUAAGGGGGUUUGUUAUGUUUCUUGCUCAAAAUGGCAUCCAGUGGUGAUUGAUUCCUUCCAUCCACCUGUAGAGGGAGAAUAUAAAAUAGGAUUUUUAUGAUGAAAGUAACUUUCUUUGGCUAGGUUGAAAGCCAUGAACCAAAGCAUAUACAUAGUAAUAGGGUUCAAUCCAGAUUUGCCCUUCUGCUAGCGCUGAAUUUGCCCCUCUGCUACCGCCUGAGAUCCAGCAGAGGCUUCCUGCUAGAGAAAGGGGGUCAGAUGAUCUCCCCCAAUUCUCUCGCAAGCACUACCUCUUACAUGUUCCUACUCUCAGAGCAGCUUCUCAGGGCACUGCAGGGAGAAGAAGGAAUUGGUGAAAAUCACCUCUCUGCUCCAUUUCUCCAGCAGGAGCUGUACGCUGUGCAAUACAAAUAUGUAUCCAACCUAUUUUAGUUCAAUUUCUGGAAGUUAUUCUGGAAGUCAAUUUCUGGAAGCUUUAUUGGCCGAGGGAACUGGUGUACAGCUUCCGGGUCAUGUGGCCAGCAUGACUAAGCCGCUUCUGGUGAACCAGAGCAGCACACGGAAACACCGUUUACCUUCCCGCUGGAGCGGUAACUAUUUAUCUACUUGUAGUUUGACAUGCUUUUGAACUGCUAGGUUGGCAGGAGCAGGGACAGAGCAAUGGGAGCUCACUCCGUCGCGGGGAUUCGAACCGCCGACCUUCUGAUCGGCAAGUCCUAGGCUCUGUGGUUUAACCCACAGCGCCACCUGUGUCCCUAACACCAGUUAGGCUUUCAUAAAUAUUUCAUAUUAAAUUGGUACAAAAUCUGUAUGCUGCAAGCAUUGUGGAUACUUUUCCUCAUUCAGAAAGAAAUGCACAUUUUUUUAAAAUAGCCGCAGAGUUUGAGCACUUAAUGUGAUGUGAGGGCUGUUCUAUCAUUAUUUAGUCAAGGAUAGUAUCCUAUUCCAGUGUCAGAGGGUUAUUUGUAUGAAAUUGGCAUUGCGUGAAAUCCUUCUUUUUGUUCCCUUAAAACAGUUUGGCCAGAAGUCUCAUGUGGAGUGUGCUCGAUUUUCCCCAGAUGGUCAGUAUCUGGUCACUGGCUCUGUUGAUGGGUUCAUUGAAGUAUGGAACUUCACCACUGGCAAAAUAAGGAAGGUAAAACACUGCAUGGCCUUUCAAGUGGAUUUUUUUUAAAAAUAAUAUUUAUUAAAAAGCUUUUCCAACAAUUUAAACACUACAAAAAAAAACAAAACCAUACAAUACAAAAACACUACAUAACACUAACACAUUAACCUAACAAAACAUAACAAAAACAAUUUAAAACACAUCAAACAAUUUCAAAAUCUUAUCUUUCAUUCACUUGUUUCAACAACUUCCUCACACCUCCCUUUUUGUAUUCCACUUCUAUUAAUUGUUUCAGCAAUUCCUUUCCAUCUUCAGGCCUUUCAAGUGGCUUGUUCAGUACAUAGUUUGUGUUUUGACAGUAAAGCCCUCAGCUUGCAUUCAUUUAACUUGUGCGCAUUCAGAUUUAGACAAUAAAAUAAAACAAGGGAGGGGGGAAUGAAGGGGGCAACAUUCUGGGGGAAAUUACUUUGGCAAUCCCACCCACCAUUGAACCCAGUGGGCUUUGACUAUCUACGAUUUUGGCAUUAGGAGUGAGCCCCAGAACAUAACCCCCACGUAAGUUGUGGGCUUACUGUACUAAAUUCAGGUAAAUAAGCAACGUUUAUGAUUUGUGUAGUUUCCCCAGUGGAACUGGAGUGUAAAUGGGAGCUCUGAAUGCACAGUGCAUUUGAAUUUUAAAACAAUACAAAUUUGACACUUGUCAGCAUCAUUUUCAAGACUGAGCAACUUGUUCAAGGUCCCAGGGCGGUCUGCAGCAAUUUGAAAUACAACACUAAAAACAUUUAAAAUGUACAAUUACAAGAAAAAUGGAAUCACAAAAAAUAGGGUGGGUUCUGAAAAUAUAGGUCUCAAGUGACAAAGAUGUUAUGUAGCUUCCAAACCAAGUGUUUUUGGGAAUCCUGCUUUUACCAUGUAACACCUAGUGCUAGAUUUGGUAGACUAAAUCUUGAUUUAAUUGCAUUAAGAAGAUGCAUCUUCUAUUAUAAAGAAUCUCAUGUGGCAGACCUAAGAAAGGCUCCUAACUUUGAGCUCCACUGCUAGUCACAUUAGUAAGGUAAAGGUAAAGGACCCCUGGACAGUUAAGUCCAGUCAGAAGCAUCUGUGGGGUUGUGGCAGUCAUCUCACUUCAGCUAAGGGAGCCGGCGUUUGUCCACAGACAGCUUUCCAGGUCAUGUGGCCAGCAUGACUGAACCGUUGUAUGUCACAAAGGGACAUUCCAACAGAAGCCGUUUACCUUCCCGCCACAGCAGUACCUAUUUAUCUACUUGCACUAGUGUGCUUUCGAACUGCUAGGUUGGCAGGAGCUGGGACAGAGCAACGGGAGCUCACCCCAUCGCAGGGAUUUGAACUGCCGACCUUCUGAUCAGCAAGCCCAAGAGGCUCAGUGGUUUGGGCCACAGUGCCAUUAGACAGUACUGUUUAGACAUGAAUAAGUCAGCUCCUUUGGUAUGACUGUUAUGCGCAUUGCUGUUCCCGGUGGCUCUUGUUUCUCCUUCAGUGACUGAUCCUUUGUUCAUUACUUCAUCUAGGAUCUGAAGUACCAGGCUCAGGAUAACUUUAUGAUGAUGGAUGAUGCGGUUCUGUGCAUGUGUUUCAGUAGGGAUACAGAAAUGCUGGCAACUGGAGCGCAGGAUGGGAAGAUCAAGGUAUGCACUUUGGGGAAUGAGAGGACAGAAAACCGAUCCAGAGAGGUGAUCUUAAGCCAUGUUUCCUAAACUUCUGAGAGCUGAGGCCUACUUAUUUCUGAAUGAAAACAAGAUUCACUGUUAUACCCAGAAAGGGUAAGAUUGGUCUAGCGCAGGGAUCAGCAAACUACGGCCCACGGGCUGAAUCAGGCCCAAUUGCCUUCAGGAUCUGGCCCACGGACUGUCCGUGGAUCAGCGUGGGGUUUCUGUUCGUUCGGGCUGCGCCAUUCCAUCCCCCCCCCCCCACACACACACUGCGGCGGCGCCACUUCCCUCCCUCCUCCUGGUUUCUCCCCACCCUGCCUAGAGGAGGAAGGGGGCUGGCUGAGCGCCAUUUUAAGCAGCCCCUCUCUGGAGCCAGCCCUUUCAUGCCGCUCAUCUUCCCGCCACUGCUGCCGCCCUGGUGCUCCUGUGGGUCAGAGAGCGGAGCAGACGAGCUCACUGCCUACCCACGAGAAGCAGCAGCGGUGGCGGCAGCCCCUGGGAAGGUAACAGCAGCGACUGGGGGUGGGGAGGAGGACUACUUCCCCCCCUCCCCUCUUUUUCCAGCUCCACACACACACACACACACACACCCCGGUGCUCCUUCUCUGGCCUGCUACAAGGUCUGAGGGACAGUGGACCGGCCCACACCUAAACAAAAUUGCCUUCUCCUGGUCUAGUGUCUCUGCAGUCUCUUUCCUGAUUGGAAGGCUUGUAGGUAGGGAGCUGUGCCUCAUGAAGGUACAUUACAGACAGCUCCCUUGGGGGAGGGUGUCAUUCUGCUGCUUCUGUCCAUCAGGAAUCAUCAAACAAUUCUGUCACAACUGACGGAAAGACAUAGCAGAAUUACUUACCUUCUCACUCCACUAACACUGAUUUGAAAGGACGCAAGGCCAUAACAGUAACUCAUGCAAAAAUAUCAGGCAGCUUCCUCUAUGGCCAAAAGUUUGGGGUUCACAAUAGUCUGUCUGUCUGAUUGUGAUUCUCUUGCAGACCACAGUUUCAUUAUGCAGUUACAGACCCAGUAAGAACAAAUUAAAACAUCCAAAUCAUGCAAGUUCUAACAUACGAUAAAUUAAAAUAGGUGGGAUGUAUAUAAACUAGGGACAGAAACAAUGAUACAGUGGUGCCUUGCAAGACGAAAUUAAUCCGUUCCGCGAGUCUCUUCGUCUUGCGGUUCUCUCGUCUUGCGAAGCACGGCUAUUAGCGGCUUAGCGGCUAUUAACGGCUUAGCGGCUUUAAGAAAAAGGAAACAAACUCGCAAGAACUCGUAAGACUUUUUGUCUUGCGAAGCAAGCCCAUAGGGAAAUUCGUUUUGCGGAACGACUCAAAAAACGGAAAACUCUUUCGUCUAGCGAGUUUUUCGUCUUGUGAGGCAUUCGUCUUGCGGGGCACCACUGUACAAUGAAAUUAAGAGAAUUCCUUUACGAGUCUUGUUAUAAGAAAAAGGAAAAUCAGCAGGAUCUUCUCAUGUUUUUAUAACAGUCAAUAACAAGAAAUUCCAACUAGCCAGAAGUUGGUGGCUUUCCAAAUUGCACAUGAUUUUCUAUUUCCCUCUCCUCUACCCAGGUUUGGAAGAUUCAGAGUGGGCAGUGUUUGAGGCGAUUCGAAAGAGCACACAGCAAAGGUGUCACCUGCCUGAGUUUUUCAAAGGACAGCAGUCAGAUUCUUAGUGCCUCUUUUGACCAGACAAUCAGGUACCUUUCAUUUUGCUAAGUUUUGCUAUUCAGCCUUACUUGGUUGGGCGACAUUAAUAUAGCUUUUAUUCUGCGGCAGGAUUCAUGGCUUGAAGUCUGGCAAGACUCUCAAAGAAUUUCGUGGUCAUUCGUCAUUUGUUAACGAAGCCACAUUUACACAGGAUGGGCAUUACAUUAUCAGCGCAUCUUCGGAUGGCACUGUGAAGGUAAGAUCAGCCUACUGGCCUUUGGUAAUUGUUUAUUUUGCUUGUUAGCUGAAGUGUUUGCUCAUUUCACUUUUGUAAAAAGAAUUCUCACCAGCUUGGAUUGCGGAAGUAAAACAUACAUUUAAUACUUUCUAUAUCACAAGUCUUCUCUGCCUGUUGCAGCUUCUUAAAAUAUUAUGAACUAGCAUUUCUCUGAAGGGAUGCCAUAGUUGAAGCCAAGCUGUUUUCUAGAAGCAUUGUAUAUACUUAUUUGAUUAAUCAGCUGUUUAAUAGGUUGUAUUUUUUUGCUUGUUUUAAAUACCAGACUGGACCUUCAGUACCAGACCUGAACCACCAAUUACGGACCGGCUUUUUAAAAUAAAAAAGUAGACCAUCAUCAUUAUUUUAAACUAGUAAAACAAAAAAAUCAGUGCAAUUCUGAAAAGUUUAAUCUGCCACCAUGAUUCAUAAUGGCAUCCAACUGUAUCAAAACACAAACGAAAACCUGCUCCUUGAUUACAGGAGCCACCAUGCAAAUUUGGUUGUAUUUUAAGAAGUGUCGACGUGCAUAGCAAACAAGCAACUUUCCAAAAUAUAUAGUACAUUUAUAUGUCUAUGUUUUGAAGGGAUGUGGUCCUCACCAUAUCCUGAAGCAUUACUAUCACUCUGCAGAACUGGGAUUCCAUUUCUUGGCAUGCUGCUAAGGUGUGACAGAACUCUGGAGCUGGGCUUAUAUAUGUUACGUGACUGUACUGAUCUUUUCUCCUUUGUUCUGUUUUCCAGGUUUGGAAUAUGAAGACUACAGAGUGUUGUAACACUUUCAAAUCACUCGGCAGCACAGCUGGGACAGACAUCACCGUCAACAGUGUGGUUUUGCUGCCUAAGAAUCCGGAACACUUUGUUGUUUGCAACAGAUCAAACACAGUUGUCAUUAUGAACAUGCAGGGGCAGGUAUGUUAUGGAGGAUAAUAGGUUUGAAAUGACUUGGAACACAGCCUCUUGGAUUUGGGAAGAUUCUGUUUCUUUAGUCCAGAUUCCUUCACUUCUCCCUUUCCAAAUGUGACUAAAUAGGAUUCUGGACUCAAUAAGUCUGAUAUUCUGGACUCCAAAAGUAAUAAUUGGAAGCCCUGUCCUCAUUAGCAUUCUCAGCAGUGCUCAAGCAGAGAAUAUGGGAUGGAUCCCUGAGGGUUAUGCUGCUUCUGUUUUCCCUUAGGUCUAAUUAUGUGUUGUUUGAUCUAUGGGAUCCUUCGGUAUAUUUCAAGCAAUUCACUCACCCAACAAAUGUGCAGCUGAUUUAAAUACCAAUAUAUAUUGACUUUGUAGAUUGUGAGAAGCUUCAGCUCCGGUAAGAGGGAAGGUGGUGACUUUGUCUGCUGUGCCCUUUCUCCACGAGGCGAGUGGAUCUACUGUGUGGGUGAAGACUUUGUGCUGUACUGUUUCAGCACAGUGACUGGCAAACUGGAGAGAACAUUGACGGUGAGUAGCAGAGAUGGCAGCAUGUGGAACAUAAGAUGCGAUGGUGCGUGCGCAUGACAUCAUUUUGAGCGUCUGCGCAUGCGCGAGCAGGGAAACCCGGAAGUAACGCGCUCCAUUACUUCCGGGUUGCCGUGGAGCGCAACCUGAAAGCACUCAACCUGAAGCACAUUCAACCCGAGGUAUGACUGUAUUUGUCACCUCUUCUAUGGCAAGGAUGGGGAAUCCCAGGCCUGGAGGUGAAAUGUGGCCCUUGAGGCCUCUCUUAUGCGGCCCCAGAACUCUCCCCACGCCACAUAUCCUUCCUAGUCAUUCCACUCACCAGCCCCGUUUUGCAUCCUCCUUGAGGGCUUUUUCCUGGCUGGGAUGCAUCCUUGAACUCUGAUGGUGCCUGCUGCUUGCCCAGGUAGAAGAUGGAGAGAGGGAUGUGUAUGUAAAUGUGUGUAGAAACUAGCUUACUGCACAAAGGUAAAAUUCCAUUCAUUGCUCCACCUCUUCCUGCCUCUGGCCCUAACUACCUCCGGCAUGUAGUUCCCACAAGAUUGUACAGAAGGGAUUGAGAAGCUCUUGCACUGGAAAAGUUUCCCCAUGCCUGCCUUCUCUAUGGCAUCUUUGCUAGGCGGCUUAUCCCCUAUUUUCUUCUGCAAAGCUGUAUAGACAUGAAUUACCUGGCAAAUGACUUCCGAUAAGCCUGCUUUAGAAGAACAUUAUCAGGCAUAUAUAUAUUCCUCACUAUGAACUGGGCAGGAUGUACAAAUUAUUUCUGGGAUGUUAAUACUAUGUCUUCACCCUUCACCCUUGCAGAUUUCGAGUUAAAUUCUACGAAAGAUUAAUUAACUUUCUUUUACACCCAGGUUCACGAAAAGGAUGUUAUUGGUAUCGCUCACCAUCCCCACCAGAACUUGAUUGCUACCUAUAGUGAAGAUGGGCUGCUGAAACUCUGGAAACCAUAAACUGAUUUUUUAAUUCCCUCCAGUGCAUGGAGAUCUUGAAUGCAAUGACACAGUGCGUUGCGGGGUGGUUUUGAGUUCCUAGGAGGUCCAAAAGUUAUCUCAGCUGAAUAUUAAUUUCAUAUUAAGAUGUCCCAAAAAAUUUGCAGUUUCUUUAUUGCAAAUAAAUGCAAUAAAUCCAGUUAGUAGAAUAUUUGCUAGUUGCUUGCCCCGGUGUAGCACUUCACUGCAAAGGAAAAAAAACCCUUUAAGAUGUAUUUCCUUUUUGCUGCUUAUUAGGGACAUUAACCAUAAUUCAGUUUGUUUUAAUUGAAUGAAUGUUAAAUGUAAAUAUUGUUCUGGCUAAGGCAAAGUGAAGAAAAGCAAACAUUUGGUGUUUCUGUGAAAUUGAUUUCAUCCAAGUUCUGUCCCAACUAUCCCUGUCUUUUACUGACAACAUGGAAAUAAGGUGUAUUCUACUUAAAAGAGACAGAUUUCUUGCCAAAGCUAAGCUUUUUAAAAUUCUAUCCGUUUUAAUGGACAUGUUAAGAAGAUAAUACGGUCCAUUAACAGGCAUGGGGCUUCAAAGCAAUUAACUUUGGCUGGGUAGUGGAUAAAUCUUCUGAACUUCUCAAAAUGAAUACCCAGUAACGUUCUUGUGGAUUUUUCUGCUCUGGGUAAUACAUUUGACUUUAUUCUCCUUUUAAAAUGUAGCUUUGUCUGGAUUAGCUUAGAAAAUACAGUUUUAUAGAUUUCGUUUUGCAAUGUCCCAAAAUAUGUGUGAGCUUUAGUCCAUCUUGCUUAUUGUCCUAGUAAAUAAGCCUCAUCUAGCUAGUGUCUGGUCUUGAUCUGAAGCCUGAUGAUCAGACUUGUUCAGUGGUCAUUUUCUGAUUUCUAGACUUGUGUAGCUUUUAUUUGUAGCCAUUUGUUUGGUGGUACUUUAUUUUUUAAGUGUGCCUAUUCUACAAUAAAGUAUUACUACAAAAGCAUCUGA